AUGAUAAACCGGUCCCUCGCAAUAAGGCCCGACAGGCCAAGGUGCGAGGGGGCGGCGAGCUUCCGCUUGCCGGUGGUCGAGUUCUGGGUGUUUGACCGUUCCGGCCUCUAUAGCUCAGAGCCACUUGAGCCGGACACCGAUGCUGCACAGAUUGCCUCCAUCCUACGCAGCUACCGGCUGAUGACAGACGGCGACCUGGGGACGAACGAUAUCAUAAAGCACGAUGAUGGCGGCGACUUCAUCACGCUAGACGGCUCUUCGCCAUCACCAGCGAGACUCUAUCUCCACGAAGAGCCCCUGAGCCAGAGACAAACCCUUGUCGGCGUCGGCACUGUGUGCUACAAGGCCCGAUCCCCAGAUUCAAACCGAUGGGACUACGUCUUCAAGUUCAAGUGGCGGUGGAUGCGUAACCAGCGGGAGGACGGUCUACUUCUAUUAACAGGGGAGAAGCACGUUCCAAAUGUGGUCUCCUUGGUCUAUUACAAAGAGCUUGUGAGCACGGCAGAUUUGAGGAGCGAGUUGCGGUGGGGGCCUUAUCGAAGGCUUGUGACUCCCGAUAAGUCGAGCAACAAGCCGCAAGACCUUGGAGCCGAGAAGCAGCAGAAGGACAGGCUGGCUGGUGACACCAAAGGCAUCGCUGCCGUCACCGAGGAAACAGACAUGUGGCUCCGGAACCGCAUCUUCACAUGCGUCGUCCUAUCGCCGGCCGGCAGGCCUCUGCACAGGUUCAAGACAGCCACGGAGCUGCUCCAGGUGCUUCGAGACGCCGUCACGGCCCACCGAUCCCUCCUGCAAACCGCCGGCGUCCUCCACCAGGACGUGUCCAUGGGCAACGUCGUCAUUGCCGAUAAUGAAGCUUCGGGCACCUCGAGAGGAAUCCUGAUAGACCUCGACUCGGCCGUGCGCCUGGCCGACAUGCCACAGGCACCGGGCACAAUAGUUGGCACGCGCCCGUUCAUGGCCAUCGGCCACCGCCGUCUGCCCGAGCGGCUGGACGGGGAUAAGCUCGACGUCACCUGGGCCAAGGUGGGUAGCAGUAGCAGCACCUCGACGAGCGGCGGCGGCGGCGUUAACCAUUGA